AUGGAUGCCGCCUUGUCCAACGCGUUGUGCCCUGCCGACGCAUAUGAAGUCUACUUGGUCCCAAUCAUCAACAUCGACGGGUACCUUCGCACGAACGGCGAUCAAUGCCAACGCCAAAGUGCCAACGGCGUCGAUUUAACCCGCAACUGGCCAUCCCCGUACUGGAAUUAUGACAAUUCAUCUUCCGGCAGCAAAAAGACCGGGAUCCUUCAGAUCGAACCGCAACGACUGCAUGGCUCAAGAGCGAAGGCACUGUACGGAGACAGCCAAGACCCUCUGUCUGACGACUACAAGAGGCGCUUCGUAGCGUGA